AGAGAAAGAGACACGGAGGGACCAAACUACGCCACAACCAUCUCUGUCAUUGACUCCUUCGGAAAGGCGAGCUCCAGAUUUGUGGUUUCCUAUCACAGGAAGCCAAUCGAAGGUGGCUAACACUUGUUUUUGCCUGGAUGGGCUGAGGUGCUCUGCCACAUCCCAAGAACCCAACCGGUCAUUCCAGCAUAGAGAGAGAGAGAGAGAGAGAGAGAGAGAGAGAGAGAGUGGAGAUGGUAAGAGGAUAGGCUGUAAAGAGAGAAGCGAGGAUAGUAGCAAAAGAGGAAAGGGGCGAUUGAUGACGGAUGGUGAUGACAAUUUAUGGCCGAACUUAAAAGCAGCAAGUAAGACGGUGAGUGAUUUCUCCGCACCAAUAAAUUCCCUCCAACGCUGUUGAAUCUCCGUGCGAUCCCUUCUUCCAUGUUGUUCUUGCUGUUAUCUUUUCCUCAGAAGCGGUGAAGAAGAAACCGGGUCCCUGCGAGCAGAGGAGACAACAUGGAGUCGAGUAACUUGCAGAGGAGAUACAUUGACUUCACAUCAACCCUCUUCCGCGAGGGGUUUCUGGAUAGCCAGUACACACAGCUGCAGCAGCUGCAGGAUGAGAGCAACCCCGACUUUGUUACGGAGGUCGUCACUCUUUUCUUUCAAGAUUCUGAGAAGCUUCAGGAUGAACUAAGCAGGACGCUAGAUCAGGAGGUCGUGGACUUCAAGAAGGUGGCUGCUCAUGUGCACCAGUUAAAAGGCAGCAGUGCCAGCAUAGGUGCUCAGAGAGUCAAGAAUGUCUGCAUGGCCUUCCGCAUCUGCUGCGAGGAGAUGAACCGAGAAGGGUCAGCAUGCGAUCUCUCGAAAUACAUGAUUCUUGUUCUUGGUCGCCACCGAGUUCACCGUAGGACUCGCCUUGUUGCAGGUGCCUCAGAUGUCUGCAGCAAGUGCGGCAGGAGUAUUUCCUGGUGAAGAGCAAGCUGGAGACUCUGUUCCUGCUGGAGCAGCAGAUCGUGGCCGCCGGUGGAUCCAUCCCAAUAAUGUGGUAGCAGUCCUUGCGAAGCCAGGUGUUGAUAGGGCGCGGCGCAGGAAGAGUUGGCGAAGCUGUUUGUUCGCUUGCUGUCAAGCCAUGUUUUGUUAUGCUCUGCUUUCGCAGUUCCCUUUUGGCCCACUCGUGAGAGGAUGCCAUCAUGACUCAACAAACAAAAAACCUUUGGGUGUUAGAUCUGUACGCACCAUCUUGUUUCCCAUCUCUGUACUUGUGAUGAUACACGAUACUUGGUUUCUAACCA